UCUCUGUGUUCUUUCAGAAUCUCACGUUCCUUCUUCUUCUUCCUCUCACUAACGAUCUCAAUUACUCUUUUGAAUCUGUUCAUUGUAGAACAAAAGAGUGAAGCUUUAUCUUGAAAAAAUGGGUAAUUGUUUAGAUUCAUCAGCUAAAGUGAUCAGUAGCAGCCACAGUCCUCAUGCUAAUUCUGGUUCAUCAGGGUCAAGAGUUUCUAGCAAGACAAGCCGUUCCACGGUCCCUUCAAGCUUAAGCAUAAACUCCUACAGUAGUUUGGAGUCUUUACCCACACCGAGAACAGAAGGAGAGAUCUUGUCAUCACCUAAUCUCAAAGCUUUCACCUUCAGCGAGCUCAAGAGCGCUACCAGAAACUUUCGACCUGAUAGUCUUCUCGGUGAAGGAGGUUUUGGUUAUGUCUUCAAAGGAUGGAUCGAUGGAACUACUUUAACCGCUUCUAAACCCGGUUCUGGUAUCGUUGUAGCUGUCAAGAAGCUUAAAACUGAAGGAUUUCAAGGUCACAAGGAGUGGUUGACUGAAGUGAACUAUCUCGGUCAGCUUAGUCACCCGAACCUUGUCAAACUAGUUGGGUACUGCGUAGAGGGUGAAGACCGGUUACUGGUGUACGAGUUCAUGCCAAAAGGAAGCUUGGAGAAUCAUCUCUUUAGACGUGGUGCGCAGCCACUAACAUGGGCUAUAAGGAUGAAAGUUGCAAUAGGAGCAGCCAAGGGGCUUACUUUUCUUCACGACGCUAAAUCACAAGUUAUUUACAGAGACUUUAAAGCUGCUAACAUUCUACUAGACGCGGAAUUCAACUCUAAACUUUCAGACUUUGGUCUAGCCAAAGCAGGUCCUACCGGUGACAGGACACAUGUGUCCACACAAGUCAUGGGUACUCACGGAUAUGCAGCACCUGAAUAUGUAGCCACAGGUCGAUUAACAGCUAAGAGCGACGUAUACAGUUUCGGUGUGGUGCUUCUAGAACUACUCUCAGGACGAAGAGCAGUGGACAAAUCUAAAGUGGGAGUGGAGCAGAGUCUAGUGGACUGGGCAACGCCGUAUCUCGGCGACAAGAGAAAGCUUUUUCGAAUAAUGGACACGAGAUUAGGAGGUCAGUAUCCUCAGAAAGGAGCAUACACAGCUGCUAGUCUUGCAUUGCAGUGCUUAAACCCUGAUGCAAAGCUCAGACCGAAAAUGUCUGAAGUUUUGGCCAAACUUGAUGAGCUUGAAUCAACAACCACUACCAAACCUGGAGGUAAUAGACAAGCUCAGAUUGAUUCUCCAAGAGGUAGUAAUACUGGGGUUGGAGCCAGACAAGGCCAGAUUAUUUCUCCCAGAGGUAGUGGAACCAGACAAGGCCAGAUUGAUUCUCCAAGAGGUAGUAAUGGUGCUGGAACCAGACAAGGCCAGAUUGAUUCUCCUAGAGGUAGUAACGGAUCUGUUGUACAGAAAUCUCCAAGGAGGUAUAGUUAUGAUCGGCCUCUCUUGCACUUAACUCCACUUGCUUCUCCUUUGCCUUCUCACAGUCAAUCUCCUCGUGUAAGAUAGUAUCACUGUAAUAGUUCUGUUGUAAUGUGUGCUGCUCUGUUUGUAAUAUAAUAAUGCAUUUGUUCACACUACAUGAGGCAUUAGCAUUUUGAAGAAUUUGUCUAAUUUUUGGUUUUUAAUUUGUUUGUUAAUUUAUCUAUC